AUGUCAUCACCGUUUGAUGCAGUACCGGCCGACCAAUUCCCGGCAGAAUGGGUGGCGCAGAACAAAGGGCCGUCCAUCUUGGGCGUCUGUAUUUCCGUGACGGUCCUCAGUACGAUAUUCGUUAUAAUGCGCAUCUUCACUCGACAGAAGAUCAUGGGAGCUUUGCACCUCGACGACUACUUGGUCACUCUCGCCACCUUAUCAGAAUGGGCCAACGUCGCAAUGGCCAUCAUGGCUGUCAAGUCGGGCAACGGUCAACAUUUCGCCCUGCUCACCAAAGAUGAAAAGCAAAACGCCGUCUUCUGGACCAUCCUUGGUUUCCCGUUCGGAAUCGUGGCGUUUGGAACCCCGAAGCUAGCCGUCGCCUCACUCUUGAUCCGACUGAUGAAUCCGAACAAAUUCAACAAGAUCUGCCUAUGGGCGGUUUCAGGAGUCUGCAUGGCAACGCUGCUCGGCUGCGUCGUUAUCCUCUAUGCGCAGUGUACGCCAGCCUACUCCCAAUGGAAUUUCGAUGUGGCAGGAACUUGUAUUUCAAAAUGGGUCUUGGUCGAUUAUGCCAUUGUUGCAGGAGGUUUCUCUGCCUUGGUGGAUCUAUAUCUAGCAGUCUAUCCUGCCAGCGUGCUCUGGACGCUGCAGAUCAACCUGCGCAAGAAGAUUGCGCUCUGUGUUGCUCUGGGUAUUGGAUCGAUCGCCACAGUCGUCGCCAUCUACAAGUGCACGCGACUACCCUCUCUGGCAGGGGCUGACUUUUCUUACGACACAGCUGAUCUCGUCAUCUGGACAAUUGUCGAAUCAAGCACGAUCAUCAUCGCCUGCUGUAUCCCCGUUCUCCGACCGUUAGUCGACGUCCUCUUCGGCCGCCGCAUGCUGGGCGGCUCCUCCGCAUACAAAUACCGAUACGGAACAUCCGGUGCCGACCGAUACGGCCAGUCACAUGGAGACGUGGAGCUCUCCAAAGGCAGCCGCCUCGGUGGUCGGAACCCCAACAACAGCCACCUCGUCUCGAACCAUACAAUGGGCUCUCUCGCAGGCGACCCCGAAGUCGAGUCGCAAGAGAGCAUCCUCCCUAAGAAGGGUCACCAAAACGGAAGCGCUUCAGGAGACCGAAACCACCAGAUCACGCGCACAGACGUCGUGACGGUGACGUACAACGAAGCGGACAGCUCGAGUGACCACCCAGUCACCGGCAACGGCUCCCCUGCCUCGGGUCUGGCCACCACAAGCUGGGUUAAAAUUUAA